GAGAUUCCGCCAUUUGUCCAGCGUCGUCAUUGGAUUUACUUUUGGUUUUAUUUCAUAUUAUUCUUGCACAUUAUUCAGAGAAUGCUCUCGUCGGCUCCUGCGUCGGUCUUGGGGGAGGCAUCGCGCCCGGUCGCUCCUAUCCGUCCCUACACGUCCGAGGACGUCAUGACCCUCGAAAACACCUAUGGCGCUCACAAUUAUCAUCCCAUUCCCAUCGUCUUUAGUGAGGGCAAGGGCGCUCAUGUAUGGGACCCAGAGGGGCGCAAGUACCUCGAUUUCUUGUCGGCGUAUUCCGCUGUGAACCAAGGGCAUUGUCAUCCAAAGAUUGUCGGCGCUCUCGUCGAGCAGGCUCAAAAGUUGACCUUGUCCUCACGCGCGUUUUACAAUGAUGUCUUUGGGAGGUUUGCCAAAUACAUUACAGAGUACUUUGGCUACGAUAUGGUCCUCCCGAUGAACACAGGCGCUGAAGGUGUCGAGACUGCGCUCAAGCUCGCGCGUAAAUGGGGUUACCUAAAGAAGGGAAUCCCAGAAGGGAAGGCCUUUAUCCUAUCUUGCACGGGCAAUUUCCACGGACGAACUCUAGGUGUCAUUUCCAUGUCCACCGAUCGAGACGCCACAAAGGACUUUGGUCCCUUUGUCCCAAACAUCAGCUGCACUACACCAACAGGCAUCACAGUCCGCUACAACAACCUUGACGACCUCGAACGGGCUCUGGAAUCAUACGGACAAUACACGGCCGCAUUCCUUGUUGAGCCAAUCCAAGGUGAAGCCGGGAUCUUUGUCCCAGACGAGGGAUAUCUGUCCAAGGCCCACGCACUCUGCAAAAAGUACAAUGUCCUUUUCAUUGCCGAUGAAAUCCAGACUGGACUCGCAAGAACGGGGAAACUCCUCGCGAUCGAUUAUGAGGACAUCAAGGCUGAUAUCCUUAUCCUCGGCAAAGCACUCUCGGGAGGUGUUUAUCCCGUCAGCUGCGUCCUCGCCUCUCAAGAGAUCAUGCUCUGCAUCCAACCAGGUGAACAUGGUUCCACAUAUGGUGGGAACCCGCUUGGUUCGGCAGUCGCUAUGGCAGCUCUUCAAGUCAUCAAGGAAGAGCGCCUCGCGGAACGCGCUUACGAUCUCGGCGUCAAAUUCCGCGCAGCGCUCUCCAACCUCAACAGCCCACUCAUCUCGACCGUCCGCGGUCGAGGUCUCCUAAAUGCUAUCGUGAUUGAUGAAUCCAAGUUUGACAAAACAGCAUGGCACAUCUGCCUCCUUUUGAAACAGUACGGCCUCCUUGCCAAACCGACACACCAAAACAUUAUUCGGUUGGCGCCGCCGUUGUGCAUCACCGAGGAGGAGUUGAUGGAAGGGGUGGAGAUCAUUGGACGGGCGCUGAAAGAGGUGACGAGCCUACGAGUCGAGGACAUUCCAGGUUGGGAUUUGUGAUUCGUUGGUGGAUGGGUGGGUAGGUUCAUCGGAAUGUAGUGUGUGCGUAUUUUUUAAUUACAUCACAUCAUGUUUUCUCUAUUCAACUUCGUAAAUUAUCUGAUAGAAAGAGCGAGAAAAGCAUCUGCAUGGUGGUUUGUAGUGAAUAGCCAAAGCCACUUUAUUUGAUGCAAAAUGUACAAAAAAAAAUAGAAAAUGAAAAGCAAUGCUACAGAUCACAUCCCAUUAAUGUCUGAC